AACACUUCUGUGGUGUGAUGAUAAAAUGGCGUCGGGUGCCAUUUCCACGGAGUCCAAGAAAAUAGUCGAAUUACGAGUAAUUGAUCUGAAGUCUGAGCUUAAACGAAGAUCUUUAGACUGCUCCGGGGUUAAGAGCGUCCUGAUCGCCCGGUUGAAACAGGCUGUGGAAGAUGAAGGCGGCGAGCCAGGCAACGUGGCAAUCCCAUUGGCUGCAGAUACAACCACGAGGAAGAAGCCUAAAGGAAAGAAAGUGGAAUCGGACUCUGAAAAUAUUCUGGAUGACGACUUCUGUGCCAAGGACACUGAAGAAGACGAAUCUGAGAAAGAUGUAACAGAAACAGAGGAAGUUGCUCACGAAAAAUCUAAGCCAGCGCCGUGCGAGGCCAGCCCGGCCGCGCCUGAGGCCGGGCCGGAGACCUCCGGCGAGGCCCAGCCCCCGACCGAGGACGCCGUUGACAACGAGCCCACGACAGAGGCCUCAAUCCAGGCCGAUGAGGCCAUGGUCGAGCCCCAGCCUGUGGUGGAGACGGAGCCCGAGACGGAGGCUGAGCCCGCGGCCUCGCCGGAGCCGGAGGCUGAGCCCGCGGCCUCGCCGGAGCCGGAGGCUGAGCCCGCGGCCUCGCCGGAGCCGGAGGCUGUGGUGCUGCUCGAGGCCGACUCGGAGCCAGAGCUCGAGGCCGAUCCAGAGGCCGAUCCAGAGGCCGACGUCGACACCGAGCCAGAGGCGGAGGUAGAGACGGAAGCGGCAGAGACGGCGGCCGAAGCAUUGGACUCCUCUAAAGAAGCUGAGGACGAUCACCUGUCCGUGUCGAUCCCCAACGAAGACGCCAUCACGCUGGACGUUGAUGGGGACGACCUCCUGGAGACAGGUAAACAUGUGAAACUUCCAGAUCCCGACAAGAGCUCUGACGACCACCUGGUCCCCUCUGGACCCACGGGCCACGAUGAUGACGACGACGACGACCUGAACACCGAAGAGUCAGGGGGCCACAAGGAGGGUAAGAACGAGGCCGGAUCCAAGGCUGACCCCACGAAGAAGGAGGGCCGGGACACCCUGAAGAAAGCUGAAACGGGAGACAAAGAGAAGGAUUCUGGGAAGAAAGGCCCCUCCACUACGGGGGCGUCAGGUCAAGCUAAGAGCUCUUCAAGAGACAGAGAUGGAAAAGCAAAAGAUGAUAAAGGUGGUCUCAGCAGCGCCGCCAGCAGCUCUUCUCGUAACGUGUGGGUCAGUGGCCUCUCGUCGAACACAAAGGCAGCUGACCUAAAGAACCUGUUUGGAAAAUAUGGAAAGGUGUUCAGUGCUAAAGUGGUCACCAACGCACGCAGCCCCGGGUCCAAGUGCUACGGCCUGGUCACCAUGUCCUCCAGCACGGAGGUGGCGCGCUGCAUCUCCCACCUGGACCGCACCGAGCUCCACGGGCAGCAGAUCUACGUGGAGAGGGUUAAAAGCGAUCCAUUCAAGAAAGAGGCAGCGAAGAAGGAAGUGGAGGAAAAAAUGACGUCUAUCAAAUCCAGUGAGAAGCGAACGUUAACCGGAUCCAAGACGAGCAAAGCGCUGCCCAAGAAAGACGACAAGAAGACGGACAAACCUUCAGAAAAAGACAACAAAGACGGGUCUAAGAAACCCGACGCCAAAAAUGACAAAGUAGAGGUUCCCUCGUCCACCGUGGUCCAAGAGAAGAAAGACGAGAAGAAGCAUAUACGAGCCAAGAGCCCUGGAGUUCUGCCCUUCGCUCAUAACAGAGGUCCUCCUCACUUCAACAAGAUGCGACAGCCCUUCAGAAGGGGCGGUAGACAGUUUGAUCGGCCUGGGUUUCCUCACAUGAACAUGCAGCAGCAUCAGCAUCCACAUCCGCAUCCUCAGCAGAGGCACCCCAGGUGGCUCAUCCCACCAGAAGAGUUCCAGAUGAUGAAGGAGAGGCGGCCGUUCUUCAACAAGGAGGGCCACAACGAGAUCCUCCCCUUUGAGAAGAUGAAGGAGCAGAGGAUGAGGGAGCGCGUGGUGCGUCUGGAGCGGGUCCGACGGGCCCUGGAGCUACGCAGGCGCCGCGAGAUCGCCGAGCGGGAACGCCGGGAGCGCGAGCGCAUCCGUCUCCUGCGGGAGCGCGAGGAGCGGGAGAACCUGCUCCGGGAGCGGCAGCGGCUGGAGAUGGAGAGACAGAAGCUGGAGCGGGAGCGCAUGGAGCGGGAGCGGCUGGAGAGGGAGCGGAUCCGCAUCGAGCAGGAACGGCGCAAGGAGGCGGAGCGUCUGGCCCGUGAGCGCGAGGAGCUGAGGCGGCAGCAGGAGCAGCUGCGCUACGAGCAGGAGAAGAGGAACAACCUGAAGAGAGGGCGCGACGUGGAGCACGGCCGCAGGGACGACUCCUACUGGAACGGCGGGAAGAAGAUGGCGCCCGAGUCGGAGGCGCGUCUGAGCGGCGGGGCGGAGUACAGCCGGCAGCAGAACCGCUUCACCAACUUCACCUCUACCGCCCGCGACCGGGGCCGCUUCCAGGAGCCCGCCACCGCGCAGCCCGCCAGCUUCGACCGGCGGAGCCGCUUCGACGGCGAGCCCGAGGCCAAGAAGAGCCGCCCCGCCCCGCACCGGGAGGCGUCCGGCUUCGACCGCUACCCCAAGAGCUUCGAGGCGGUGCGUCGCCCCGAGCCGCCGCCGCCCCCCCCGCGGAGCGACCUCCGCGACACGGACCGCCGGGACCGUGACGAGCGUCGGCCCGUCGCCAUGACGGAGCGGCCCGCUGCCCCCCGCACCGCCAUGCCCGGGAUGUCCCACACGCGCUCCCCCCGGGACGGCGGCGCCCACGGGGGCUGGAAGAACGACGGCGGCGGCGGCGGAGGCCUCAGCGCCAACAAGGGGGACGUCCGCGGAGCAGUGCGGAUGAGGGCCGAGCGCUCCACCCGGGAGGUCCCAGGCCCCGCCCUGAGGGGGCCCGCCGCCGCCAGCCGCGGGAGGCACGGCUACAACGAGCGGGAGGGGGGCCGGCCCAUGGUGAUGGGGGACCAGACGUUUGGGUCGGGCCGCCAGGUGGUGGUUGAGCGCCACGGCAGGGACCCCCCGGGCAGAGACCCCCCGGGCAGGGCCCCCCUGGGCAGGGACCCCCCGGGCCGAGACCCCCCGGGCAGGGACCCCCCAGGCAGGGACCAGGGCCCCAGCAGGAAGGACUGGCACGGGGGCGCGGGCUCCCAGGGCAGCGGGGGCUUCCAGGACGGCCGUAGGAUGGGGGACCCCCGGGGCAGUCUGAUGGCCCAGCACUCGAGCCACUCCUCGUCCGGCAUGAACCGCAUCGUGCAGAUAACCAACAACUCUCUGUCCAGCGGCGGGAACGGCGGCGGCUUCAAGCCCUUCAAAGGAGCUCCCCGUAGGUUCUAGCGCCGCGCCCUCCUCCAAUCACAACGCUCGGACCCAGAGACACUUUCCAGUUAUUAUUUUAUUUUAUAUAUUUACUAUUUUAAACUGCUAAAACUAGCCGGUUGACAUCGCUCAACCCUAUCAUUUUGUAUAGAGGAGUAUCGGACAUUUUCUGCUGUCACUGAGUCUGCACAGGGGACAUUACUAGGUUGUUAACAUGUUUCAUUACUAGGACGUUCACAGGUGACAUUACUAGGACGUUCACAGGUGACAUUAUAGGAUGUAUAAAUGUUCCAUUACUAGGUUGUGUACAUGUUCCAUUUCUAGGAUGUGCACAUGUUCCAUUUCUAGGAUGUUAACAGGUUUAAUUUCUAAGACAUUCAUAACGAGGUCUUUGUUACACGUUCUCAUGUGCUGUUGACGAUUGAACUGAAACUGUGUUCUAUAGUUUAGUGUAAAGGCAUUUCGAUUUAUAUUCUAUACAUAAUGGAGUUUUUGUUUUGCUGUUCGUUACGGUCACAUCUCGUAUAUAUCAAAAAGGCUGCUUGACUUAAAUUAUGCAUCUUUGGUAUUAAAAUUGGCAAAAUGAUGACGGUUUCUGUUUCAUUCACAGAAUAAGGUAGUUUGUGUAGUUAAAAUAAUAAUUAGAGGAAUGAAAAUUGAGCUUGCCUUAUGGACCGAAAGGCAUCGAAAUCUUCAAAUCCAAAGAAAUCUGUGUAAAUUAAGCCGUUUAUUAUGUUACAUGCAUAUAAUUAACAUAUUGUCUGACUAGAAUAUUUGACUCAAAUCUUUUAAGAAACUUGCCAACUCGUGCUAUAUCAUUAAGUAAUUAUUUACCAUGAACCAGCAAAUACUUACAGGUUUUGAAACUUUUAUUCUAGAAGUUGUGUUCAGGUUGAAUGUCUUGUCUAUAAGGCAUUUUGUUUUAUAUAUAAUAUACUCGGUGUGGUCACCAAAUACAUUUUCAUUGCUGCUGUUAAAGGCUACACACAAUAUUUGGUCAUUAAUGUAAAUUGAUAAACAUCUAAAACGACACAAAUGUUGUCCAUGUUAUUACAAUCACAACAAAGCAGGGUCUCAUUUCUUUAUAACAAAUUAAAAUAAAACCAUGUUGGACAACCCAACUCAUUCAUGGUGUAUCUAAUGUGAACCUGUAACCCUUGCAUUUAAAACUACAUGCACCACAAAAUAACUUGUGGGAGUUAAUAUUGCAUCCAAGAAAAGUUGUGAGUAGAAUCAAUGUCUUUGAUACAAUAAAAUAAUGGACGUCCCUUCACCUCCCGAGGCAAUGUGCCCAGGAGUGCCUUUCCGUCGGUGUGUGUAGGGGCAAAUGAGUUACCUAACUUACUUUCUGGUCCACAUCUUUAGUACAAUCUAGCGUUGGUUAGCCAUGCUGGGACCAUGGCUUUAUGUUGUUAAACUACAGCCGGUUCCCCCUUCUUCAAUUAGGCUCCUUCAAUUAGGCUCCUUCAAUUAGGUCCAGGCCAAAACAUGGGAGCAGCCGAUGAUACUUUGCAGCUUUAUUCAUCUACAUUAUGAAGCAAGUCCCCAUGUCAUUUACGUAUCAUUGCAACAGACCCACUUGCUCCAUUUCUGAUCUAUAUAAAAUGAGGUAUGUUUCUGGUCCACUUUGUUUAGCAGUGCAUAUCAAUGUAACAGUGCAAAACCAAUUACAAGGACAUGUUUAAAGACCACCAUGUCAAAAGACUAGUAUGUUACAGCAUUUACCCUAUCAUAAUUUGUACAAGGCAUAUACUCACUGGAGACAUUGAACACACACAAUACAUUUUUGAUCAGUUCAUCUUGGAAACAUGGACAAAACUCAAAACUUAUUACAGCAAAAAUGAUGUGUGGUUUAAAAUAAACGCAAACACAAUCCCCACGAAUCAAAGCACUAACCAACACACACUCUUUCACAUCAUAGAAACGUUUUAAUGAAUGCUCCAUCUCCAAACCAAUCAAUCUCAAUGUCUCGUCAAUAGACCAAACGGGCUAAGACAUGUGGCAGGUAAUUAAAUAAAAGCUGUGUCCAAUUAUUUUCAGAGUUGAAUAAGAGUAGCUUCAUCACAUUUUGCUCAAAGGUGUUUGAUCCCCAAAACUGAGAAAGGAUUAAUAGACCUAUCGUCUCAUCUCGUCUUUCGCCCCAAAUCAUUUUCCUGAAAAGGUGGAAAUCUGGUAUCUUGCAUUACACACAUUGAACUAUUCCCUUCACACAUCUACUGUGGUAGUCGAGACUCAAGUACUGGGGAAAGCCCGCCACAUCGUCGUGAAUAACAUUGUGUUCCUUAACCACAUUAAGUUAAAUAUUCCGUUGGUUUAAGUGAACAAGAGCACAGCAGCGUUAACCAAUGUAAAAGUUGUAAAAUUCUACAAUAAGGAUAUAUUCAUGUGAAAGUGUCGGUUGACAUACCUAUGCACAGAACUAUGAAGCUGUCCUUUAACAUACUCUAUAUGUAUAUACACACAUCAGUGUCUGUAAUAAAGCUGAAACAGGCCAGCAUACUGGCUAAAGUAUGAGAUUUGUCAAAUACACUAAAUGAAAUGUCCCUUCAGAGAAGGCCUGAGAGUAAUUCUGUUGUGUAUGUAUGGAUUGUCUCUUUAGGUUGUAUGCUUGUGUCCUAUAACAUGGUGUUGUAAGGCUGUUUAUAUACAAAGUGUAGCCUUGGUACGCCUUUAAACCAUCCUAUAAGGAGUUGCUGCUGCAACUCUCUGGUGUCUCUGAAGGACCCAGCGGUCCUUGGACUCCACCUGUUAUUGAGAUCCACACAACCACAGAAGUACUCCCGAUGGACCGACCCAGAGACAAGUAGAACCCUUAGAACCGUUGUUUGAUAUGACAAAUAAAGGCUUAAGUCAAGGCAUCCCACUGGAAUGUAUAGAAAAGGUUCUCCGGAGGCAGUAGGCUCGUGGCUGCCCACACACGUCUAUAUAACAACAAGUGCAGAUUAGUUAUGUACACAAUGUCUGCAAACUAAAGGUUCUCUUUCAAGAACGUGUUCAUUAGGUGUUAAGGUUGAAAUCUCUGGAUAUUUAGACCAGCAUAUAUGUUUAAAUUGCUUAAUUAGGGUUAUGUCUGAUGAAAGUAAGGACUAUUCAGUCUAAUCAUCAGUCAACAUAGUGUCAGUCUGUGGAGCGUGUCGCCUGAAAUCCAUUGAUCUGCUUUACAGACGCUCAGAGGGAAUCUAAAUGGGUUCCAGACUAUGAGAACCGUGGCCUGAUUAGAUGAAAGGGAGAAAAGUUGGAGGUGGAAGAGGUGUUUGGCCUUUC